AUGCCUCGUCCUGGGAAGAACUCUUACAGCGACCAGAAGCCCCCAUAUUCCUACAUCUCACUGACAGCGAUGGCUAUCCAGAACUCAUCCGAAAAGAUGCUGCCUCUCAGUGACAUUUACAAGUUCAUCAUGGACAGGUUUCCGUAUUAUAGAGAGAAUACCCAGCGGUGGCAAAACUCUCUGCGACACAACCUCUCCUUUAACGACUGCUUCAUCAAGAUCCCCCGGCGGCCUGAUCAGCCCGGAAAGGGCAGCUUCUGGGCUCUGCACCCGGACUGUGGUGACAUGUUUGAGAACGGCAGCUUCCUGAGGAGACGGAAGCGCUUUAAGGUGCUGCGCGCGGAGCACAUGGCCUGCAAGAGCUCCCCGAUGAUGCACUACUUUCACCAUCACCACCACCACCACCCCGGCAGCAAACUGGCCACAGCAUCCGGCCACCACGACCCCUCAGCUGGCCCUGCAAGCACCGUGGGUCGGCUCCCUCACUUUCAGGGUUACGGGGGCAUUACUUGCGCACAGUCCGGCGGGUUUAAGCAUCCAUUCGCCAUCGAGAACAUCAUAGGACGGGACUACAAGGGUGUGAUGGCCAGCGGGCUCCCUCUCACCUCUGUCAUGCACCACCUGGGUUACCCGGUGCCCCCGCAGCUCAGCAGCGUGGUCAACUCCAUGUGGCCGCAUGUCGGGAUGCUGUCGGAGUCCAUGGGUGGCGUGCACGUGCCCGCAUCAUCCGAGUACGCGCCCUUCAGCGUGUCAGCAAAAGGCCUGUACCACAAUGCCAACGGGCAGACCCUGCCGGCCGUCCCCGUACCAAUUAAACCCACCCCAUCCCUGGGUCCCAUGCCCAGUUUGACGGGGCUACAGUCCAGCCCGGCCCAGCUCUGCUCACCGGUCUCAGUGAUGGAAAAAAGCGAUCUGCUGGAGGGGAAAGGCAACCCUCUACACCCGGCGCUCCUUCUGUCCUAG